AUGCUGUGUAUAUGUAUUUUGUUGUUAUUGAAUUAUGCCAGUGUUGGGAGAUGCUUAAUAGAAGAGAUUGAAUUGCCGCCAUCUUUACGAGAUUGUUUGAGAAUGAAAACUAAAUAUCAAGAUGUUACAAAAUCGCCCAGCGAGUCUGUUUGUAAUACUUGUGUUUCCAGAUAUUUGUGGAUGACAGGACCGAACUUGCAAAAAUGUGACCACCCCAAUGAUAAUAUAACCAUAUCGGAUAUCAGCAACUUAUUUGGAAAACUGUUAUGUGAAGAAACAUCAAAGAAACGGAAAAAAAGGCAAGCUAGAAAUGUUCAAUUUCGGAAAGAAAUAAGAAUGUUAACACGUGGAGAAAGGCAGCGAUUAAGCAGAGCAUGGAGAAUGGCCUACGACGCAGGAGAUUUUGGAUUGGUCGCUAGAUUUCACAACGAAAACGUCCGAACUACCAGUCACAACGGACCAGCUUUUCCUGGAUAUCAUCGAUUCCUGCUUCUUAUACUAGAACUAGUUUUACAAAAAUAUGAACCUGGAGUAACACUCCCGUAUUGGGACACGACUUUUGAAGCUAAUAUGGAUAGGCCCGAAAAUUCUAUACUCUGGACUGAUGAAUACCUUGGUGAACUGAAUGGAUUCGUCGACACUGGUAUUUGUGGUGGAAUUAGGGAUCUUAGAGGCAAUAGAAUAAUCAGAAAUGGUGGCAAUGAUGGGUCAUUAUUCACAGGAACCAAUUUAACCUACAUUAUAAAUAUACCAACAAUUGAGGAUUUAGUUGAAAACUCCAACUUCGACACUUUGGAAUCGCUCCAUGACAAUGUACAUGCUUAUAUCGGCGGAACAAUGUUAGGACUUGAAUUAGCGCCAUGGGAUUGUGUCUUUUGGUUCUAUCAUACUUAUAUAGAUUAUGUUUGGGAGUUAUGGAGAUAUGCGCAUGGAUAUAACACUGCAUACCCUCAUAAACCUAACCAUGGAGGACAACAGGCAGAAGUUCAAAUGACAAAUAUGCCAGUUAUAAAUUUUCUUGGACGUGUUCCCACAAACCAUGAUGGAUAUAGUCAUGAGUUAGCAUCCCAAUGCUCUUACCAGGUUUCCCCUACCUGUUCGGAACAUCACGUUAAUUGUGGAUCACCUGAUUUGCAAUGUCGAAGUUUUGGCAGACAGUUGUUUGGAUGUACUGCUGUUGACAGAAUAUUUAGAAAUAGAGUACAACCUCUUAUUCUUGCAGCUAAUGGUGGAGAUGUCCAGAUUCCUUUGAAUAACGGAAUGAGAGGUAACAGAGGCAAAAGAGACACUAGUGGUCACCAUACAACUAUUUCUAAUACUUUUACAGUUAAGUCAACGGAGGUAACAAAUAUUUACAUUCCUCAAGAGCGGGAACCAUGUAUGGGGAAACCAAUACAGAAUAACUUUAUUGCAGGUUGCUCAUCAGCUGAUGUGAAAAGAUGGGCCUUUAUACCAAUUAAAGUCGUUCAUCUACGCCCAAAAGAGGUUCAUUUUAAUUCACAGACUGAAGUUAACGGAUAUCGAAACAAAUAUGAUAUUUAUGACGAACACAAAUAUAGUAAUCUGAAAAAUUUUGUGCAUCCAGGUAAUCCAGCUACAUACUAUGAUUGCCAAGAAGACGAAUCUGGUGCGUUCAAAGUGAGAAUGAAGUCUUCAGGACUAAACUACUUUGGUGUAUACACUGAUUAUGUAUUUGUUGACAACAGACUUCCUGUAUCCUCUCAUAUCGGAUACAUCGCUGUUGAAAAACCUACGGCGUAUAAGCCAACAGAAGCAUUGAUAACUGCCUCUGACGCAUGCGGACGAUUGUGUAAACCGACAUGCCGUAAAUGGAUAGAUAAUCAACCUUACUAUGUUCCUUGCUCUGGAGCUAUUAAAGUAACUAAAGAUAGUCCAUUGAUGUAUGGAAACGACUUUGGGGAUGCUGUAUUAUCGAUCUGGCAAUUUCAGGGCAAAUUCACUCCAGUUGAAAGAGAAUCAAACAUCUUUAUAGAGUUCUACUGCGAUUAUUCAGAUGAAUGGAUAUGGAAAGAAUGCAAUUCACAUUGA